AUGACCGUGGGCCGGGUUCGAUCCCCAGCCCCGCCCCUGGCUGGCUCGACCAAUAACUGGGUGGGUCUAGAGGCACUGGGCGGGCCCGCAGCCAAUGCGCACGCCGUGGGCGGGCCCCCGGCCGGAAUAGGGGGUGAAGCCGCCGCGUUCUGCCCACAUUCGGGGCGCGGAGCUGGGGGUCCCCGGGGGGCGCCCGCACUUAAGAUGGCGUCUGCAGCGGACGGGGACGUGGGAGAGGCUCUGGAGCAGAUGCGGGGGCUGUGGCCCGGUGUCGAGGAUCUGAGCCUUCACAAGUUGGCGACGUCCCUGGGCGCGUCGGAACAGGCGCUGCGGCUCAUCAUCUCCAUCUUCCUGGGCCACCAGAUCUACCACUCCUUGCUAUGUAUCGUGCUACAGUUCCUCAUCCUGCGAAUGAUGGGCCGCACCAUCACUGCCAUUUUCACCACCCUUUGCUUCCAGAUGGCCUACCUUCUUGCUGGAUACUACUACACAGCCACUGGUGACUAUGAUAUCAAGUGGACAAUGCCACAUUGUGUCCUGACAUUGAAGUUAAUUGGUCUGUGUAUUGACUACUAUGACGGAGGCAAAGACAGGGAUUCCCUGACCGCUGAGCAACAGAAAUAUGCCAUUCGGGGUGUCCCUUCCCUGCUGGAAGUUGCUGGCUUCUCCUACUUCUAUGGAGCCUUCUUGGUAGGGCCCCAGUUCUCAAUGAACCACUACAUGAAGCUGGUGCAGGGACAGCUGACUGACAUGCCAGGGAAGAUACCAAACAGCACCAUACCUGCUCUCAAGCGCCUGAGUCUGGGCCUUGUCUACCUGGUGGGCUACACCCUGCUGAGCCCCCACAUCACAGAAGACUAUCUUCUCACCGAAGACUAUGAUCGCCGCCCUCUCUGGUUCCGCUGCACGUACAUGCUAGUCUGGGGCAAGUUUGUGCUGUACAAAUACGUCACCUGCUGGCUGGUCACAGAAGGAGUGUGCAUUUUGUCGGGGCUGGGCUUUAAUGGCUUUGAAGAAAAUGGGAAGGCAAAAUGGGACGCGUGUGCCAACAUGAAAGUGUGGCUCUUUGAAACAACUCCUCGAUUCAACGGCACCAUCGCCUCCUUCAACAUCAACACCAAUGCCUGGGUAGCCCGUUACAUCUUCAAACGCCUCAAGUUUCUUGGAAAUAAAGAACUCUCACAAGGCCUCUCCUUACUGUUCUUGGCCCUCUGGCACGGCCUACACUCAGGAUACCUGAUUUGCUUCCAGAUGGAAUUCCUCAUUGUUAUUGUGGAAAAGCAGGUCACCAGCCUAAUCCAGGAGAGCCCCACCCUGAGCAGCCUGGCCUCCGUCACUGCCCUGCAGCCCUUCUACUACUUGGUGCAGCAGACCAUCCACUGGCUUUUCAUGGGUUACUCCAUGACUGCCUUCUGUCUCUUCACAUGGGACAAAUGGCUUAAGGUAUACAUGUCUGUCUACUUCCUUGGACAUGUCUUCUUCUUGAGCCUACUAUUCAUAUUGCCUUACAUUCACAAAGCAAUGGUGCCAAGAAAAGAGAAGUUAAAAAAAAGGGAAUAAUAGAUUUCCCUGGUGGCCGCAAGCUGGACUGGUGCAGAAACUACUUGUCUCCCUUCUCACAGCACUCCUCACCCGAGAGCAGACGCCAGGAGCUGGAAGUCACCACAGCACUCCCAGCUGUGCCGAUGCUACAGCCAAGUCUUCACCGGGCCAAAGGGGAAGCUCUUGUGGGAGGAGCAGAGGGGCUUCAACCCCUUUGGACUCCCCCAUGCACGUUGCCUUAUCUCUUCCCUCUAGCCAGGAACUUGUGUCUCUCUUCUGCCAAUCUACUACGAUUGUAUACGUGCCGAUACCGCCACCCCCCCAUGGGGGGAGGGAAGGGUACGAGGCCCUGCCUGCUCCACUUUUUCUAUCUUGGAACUAUACCAGAUAAAAUCACUUCUGUUUGUUCAGUUUUUUCA